GCCUGCCUCCCUGCUUUCGUCUUCCCUUCGUUCCCCUACGCGAGCGAGCGAGCACAUACAACACAUCGACUCAACUCUCCUCUUCCUCCACCAAAAGUCCAACCUUUUCGCCCCCAAUCCACCACCCAUCUCCCCUCGCCCACCACCAAUCCCACCUCCCUCUUCUCCCUCGCCCCGCUUGAUUCCAUCACAGAGAGCCCCCGCCCCCGCCACCACACCUCCGCCAGUCAAUCCCCCCGCUAGGGUUUCCCCUCUCGCGCCGCGCCGCCCAAUCGGAUCCGCCUCCAAUGAUGACCAUGAGCGACGACGGAGACCGCACCUGCCCGCUCUGCGCCGAGGAGAUGGACAUCACUGACCAGCAGCUCAAGCCCUGCAAAUGUGGCUACGAGAUUUGUGUCUGGUGCUGGCACCACAUCAUUGAUAUGGCGGAGAAGGAGGACACGGAGGGGCGUUGCCCUGCUUGCCGCACGCGCUACGACAAGGACAGGAUUGUCAAGAUGGCAGCUGCCACUUGUGACAGGACGGCUGUAGCAGAUAAAAACACAGACAAGAAACAGAAGACCCAAAAGGUCAAGUCAAAGGCACUAACUGUGGAAGCUAAGAAGCAUCUCGCCAGUGUCAGAGUUAUACAGAGGAACCUCGUGUAUAUAAUUGGACUGCCUGCAAAUUUAUGCAAUGAGAGUGUACUGGAGCGCAGGGAAUACUUUGGUCAGUAUGGGAAGGUUUUGAAGGUUUCAGUUUCUCGUCCAACUGGGACUCCUUCCCAGCAGCAGACAGCAGCAAAUAACGGUAUCAGCGUAUAUAUUACUUACGCCAAAGAAGAAGAGGCCAUCCGGUGUAUUCAGGCUGUACACAAUUUUGUCUUGGAAGGGAAAGUGCUAAGAGCAUGCUUUGGUACUACAAAAUAUUGCCAUGCAUGGCUGCGGAACAUGACAUGUGGGAAUCCAGAUUGUCUCUAUUUACAUGAUGUAGGCAGUCAGGAGGAUAGUUUCACUAAAGAUGAGAUAAUCUCAGCAUAUACCAGGAGUAGGGUUCCUCAAAUGGCGUCUACUGUUUCUCAAAGACGCGCAGGAACUGUAUUGCCUCCUCCAGCAGAUGAUUUCUCUUAUAGUGCGGUGGUUUCAGCCAAACAUACAAUCAAGAAUGGAACAACUAAUACAACAAGCCAAUCAAGACUGUCACCUCCAAACAGUAGUUCAGGGAGGUCCACACUGCCACCAGCUACUUCAUGGGGGCAUCGUGAUCUGAACACAAGGACAUCAGCAACUGAGGUGGCAUCCUCACAAUCUCUUGUAAAAUCAAAAUCAGAGGCACAGAGUAAUUCAUAUUCGAGUUCUUCUAUGAUUUCGAGUGCAAGGCUACCUUCUUCAUGGAAUGAUGAUACAAGCACAGUACCAAAAUUGACUGAAGGACGACAAGUAUCAGAGCGAGAUAGUCUAUCUAAAACCUUGAAGCCGUAUAGACCUGGUAUUGCAAAGGAAACCCAAGCUGCAACAUCACUGGAGUCGUCAUUGGACAUAGACUUUUCUACAAUACCUUCAGCUUGGAAUGAUGAUGAAGUUGUAGCAUCAGACGAAGCGUCAAAAGGAAGUGAGGAAAAACAAGUUGUAAAUGGACAGCUUGUUCCUCCAGCGUCUUCGAAUCCAACAGAGCCAGGCCAGCUUGUGUCUAAGUCAUCAUCAUCAACAACAAAUAAUGCUGCAGCGUUAAACAGUUCCAAGCAAAGUCUUACAGAUUGUGUGUCACGUUCAGCAAUAUCUAAUUCAGAUGUAAAGGGUGGUAAUGGUGACCACCAGUUUACCAAUAUGGGUCCUAAAAACCCUACUUUGAGAACUAUAAACAGUCAACCAAAUCACACUGCUAGUGAGAGUAGACCCCGGGACACAGAAGUCGAUAAGUUAUCUGUUGGAGUAUCUUCACUAACUUUAGAUAGCAAAGAUAAGGUUCAUAGUAAGGAAGAAAACCAACAGCCAGGUGCGGUUCUUAAUAUGUCGGUGCCUUUGAGUCAAACUUUGAACAAUGAACAAUCUCAUUUGAAGCUUGCCGGGCUUUUGUCAUCAGAAAAUAAGGACUCUGUAUUUUCUUCUCAAUCUAGUUCUGAUAAGCAUCUUGACUGGAGUUCAGAGCUGCAAAGUUCUCGUGCGACUUCUCCUUUAAAUGACAUAUGGAAUUCUUCUGUGGCCACUGAUAAAUCCCAUGUCAGGAUGCUGGAUACUACAGAUCAAACAUCAUCUUCAUCUUAUGUCCCUACUGCUAAUACAUCACAUAUUUCUUUGUGGAAUGAUAAAGAAAUUAACCGUACUUCGACAAGUGAUAAUAGAUCUUCUGGCACCAUGAUGUACACUGGGCUGCUAUCUUCAACGGACAACAAUUCUACCUUGUUGAAUGGACGUCAAGAGGGGCUAGGGCCUAUGUAUACGCCUGGUAUGGUUUCCGAACAUUCUGGUAUGAGAAGUCACCAGCAUGGACUACUGGAUGCAGCAAGAAAUGAUAAUGUAGGAGGUUUUGGCAAGGCUAUAGGUGGAAAUAAGGAUGAGGGCAGUAUAAUAUCUGAUAUUUUGUCUUUGGAGUUUGAUCCAUGGGAUGAGUCAUAUUCGACUGCUAACAAUUUUGUUAAGAUGCUCAACGAAUCUGAAAAGAAUGACGCGCCUUCAUGGAAAUCAAAAGGCAGCAGUAAUGAGUCGAGAUUUUCAUUUGCUAGACAGGAUAAUCAACGGAAUUUCCAGGAUUCAUCUUUCAGAAAUCCUGGUAGUGAUCAGAAUUUCAGUUUGCUAUCCCAGAACUCUCAUGGCAACUUUUAUCAGAAUGGCGCCGUCUUCCAGUCUUCUGAGGAAGAGUUUUCAAAGAGCAAUCCUCUUGCUAUGCCGGAUAUAGCAACUGCUGGCUCUUCAAGGUCCAAAAUAUCUGCACCUCCUGGAUUUUCGGCACCAGCGAGAGUUCCCCCUCCUGGAUUUUCAUCUCAGGAUGGGUUGAAUCCACCACCUGGAUUUUCUUCAGGAUUCUCAUCUCAGGAUAUGUUGAAUCCUCCUCAUGGAUUUCCUUCUGGAUUUUCAUCUCAGGCUGGAUCUAAUCCCCCUCAUGGAUUUUCAUCUCAGGCUGGGUCUAAUCCGCCUCAUGGAUUUUCAUCUCAGGCUGGGUCUAAUCCACCUCGUGGAUUUAAUUCUGGAUUUUCUUCCCAGGACGUGUCUAAUAUCCCUCCUGGCUUUUCUGCGGGAUUUUCAUCCCAGAAUGGGUCUAACCAGGCAUAUGGCUCAACAUACUCAGAAACUCGUCUACUCGAUAAUCUUUUUGGUAGCCACACCAAUCAGUAUCAACCACAGAUGUCUAGACACUCAAGUGACAUAGAAUUUAUUGAUCCUGCUAUACUGGCUGUGGGCAAAGGGCGGAUGCCAGGAGUUAGUGAUUCAGGGUUGGAUUUAAAAAAUGCUCCAUUUUCAACACAGUUGCAAACAUCAAAUAAUGAUCCAAGGCUUCAGUUACUUAUGCAACAGAGUAUGCCCCCUCAUCAAAAUCUCAGAUAUCCAGACCAUGGUCAGGAUUCAUUCAACUCUAUGAAUGAUAAUUAUCUGGCAUCCCGACUUUUGCCACAGAACCAUGGUUCUUUAUCCUCUUAUGCCCAGAUGUCACUCCAACAACCCAGAAACUCACAGCUUGCAAAUGGUCACUGGGAUGGCUGGAGUGAUUUGAGACAGGGGAAUAAUGUUCCCAUGUCAGACAUGUCGAGGAUGUUAUACCCAACUGAAGCGAACAACUUUCACAUGCUGGGUUCAAAUGAUAUAUAUAACAGAACCUUUGGAUUUUAAUUGUCUUGGAAGAUGCAUAUUUGACCUGUCCGCCUCGAGCUUGGGGCAUGUCUUGUUAUGAAAGUAACUGGUUGCACAGUGCUUUCUAAUGAUUGUGCUUAUGAGCUGGUACGUGAGCUAUUGGAAGGGUAGUUGAUGCAAAUGGACCAACAUGAACCAGAGUUCACCAGCCCUUCUAAGCACCAGGUUCCUUUCGAGGCGAAGUCAUACAUGAACAGGUGGCCCUUGAAGUAUAUGGAUCCAUGUGGGUUGGGUGCGAUCAAAGCCGGCUUGAGAAGGGUGGAACUAUUUAACAUUUUGUUCUUUAUUUCACCAUCGUAGCUGUGUAAAUGUUUUCUUGCCUUGGGAAAAUGGAAGGAGUCCCUUUGUACAUGAUAUGUAACUUGCCGCUGGUAGCUCUUGUGGUGCAUAGAAGCUCAUGGUUUGGUGUGUGGUUUGCUGAGCCAAAAACCAAAAGCAAAUGACUAUCGUCUAUAGCUCAAUUCACAAUUGUUUGGUAUCAAACUGAAGGAAGGUUUUGAGUACACAUGUAAUCUUGUUAUUAUCUGUUGUGUGCAGUUAUGGAAAUCUCAAGCAAGGUUUCAUAUGUA